UUUGCCGGUCAGUUGAAGCGAUUCCUGGGAUUGUGGCCCCUGUUGCAUGCUGACAUCUUCUGGAAGCCACAGGAUUUCCUUUCCUCCCACUCUGAAGAAGGUGAUGGAGAAGACAUUCAGAAUUCCAGGGGAUGGGGCACCUUUCGUUUCAUUAGGAAUAGAAAUUAAAAUGUGUGAAAUGUGGGAUAUGCUUCAUUGAAUGAGCACACAUAGCUCACAUCAAUGACUCCAAGAGGGGAGAAAACAUUUAAAGGUAUGGAGAGUGGGAAAAGUUUCACUGAUAGUAGAAAACUUAGAACACAUCAGCGGACUCACAUGGACAAGAAAGGAUUCCAAUGCAGGGAGUGUGGGAAGAACUUCAGUCUAAGAGGACUCCUCAAUAUACACCAGCGGACUCACACAGGGGAAAAACCAUUUAAAUGCAUGGAGUGCGGAAAAAGCUUUAGUGAAAAUGGAGCCCUUAGAAUACAUCAACGGACUCACACAGGGGAAAAACCAUUUAAAUGUAUUGAGUGCGGAAAGAGCUUCAGUCAGAAUGCAGACCUUAAAAAACAUCAACGGAUUCACACAGGGGAGAAACCAUAUAAAUGUAUGGAAUGUGGAAGGAGCUUCAGUUACGAUGCAGGACUUAGAUCACAUCAACAGACACACACAGAGGAGAAACCAUAUGGAUGUAUGGAGUGUGGAAAGAGCUUCAGUCGGCUUGGAACCCUUAGAAUACAUCAACAGACUCACACAGGGGGAAAACCAUUUAAAUGCAUUGAGUGUGGAAAGAGCUUCAGUCGAAAUGGAUACCUUAGAACACAUCAACGGACUCACACAGGGGAGAAACCAUUUAAAUGCUUGGAAUGCGGAAAGAGCUUCAGUUACGAUUCAGGCCUUAGAAGACAUCAACUGACUCACACAGGCAGGGGGGAAACCAUUUAAAUGUAUUGAGUGCGGAAAGAGCUUCAGUCAGAAUGGAGACCUUAAAACACAUCAACGGACUCACACAGGGGAGAAACCAUAUAAAUGUGUGGAGUGUGGGAAGUGCUUCAGUUUCAAUGCAAUGCUUAGAAGACAUUAACGGACUCACACAGGGGGAAAACCAUUUAAAUGCAUUGAGUGCAGAAAGAGCUUCAGUCAGAAUGGAGACCUUAAAUUACACCAGCGGACUCACACAGGGGAGAAACCGUUUAAAUGCAUGAAGUGCGGAAAAAGCUUCAGUCAAAGUGGAAAUCUUAGAAAACAUCAGCAGACACACAGGGAAGAAACCAUUUAAAUGUAUGGCAUGUGGAAGGAGCUUCAGUCAGAGUGGAACCCUUGAUAUACAUCAACAAACUCACACAAAAGACAAACCACAUAAACGUCAGGAAAGUAUAUUGAGGCUCAGUCCUUGUGGAAGUCCUACAUCAGCAGACUCGUGGCCAGGAAGAACUUUACCAGUUGACACCCUACAUACCAUCAAUAACUUUAAAUGGAAGGAUUGCAGAAAGUGCUUUAGCUAUAAUGUAAUGUUUAAGAAACAUGAAGGGACCUUCAAAGGGGAGAACCCAUUUAUAUGUAUGGAGUGAGGGACGUGUUCCUCUCAGAGUCCACUCUUCUUCACGGCAAUGAACUCAGAGGAAAUCUGUCUUCCUGCUUCAGGGCCAGCUGAGUCUGUUUCUCUUGUCAUUUUCUCGUAGCUGGGUAAUUCCCCUCUAAUCUGCUCUGUGUCUGUGUCUCUCCCUCCUUCUGAGACCACUGGAAACGAAGGGGAUGACUUUCCCCCCUCCAGCUCCUCUUCUGAGGAAAGAUGAUCGGCCUGAGAAUGGAUUCCCCCCUUAAGGUGAGGGACCUCAACGGAGUCCCUUCAUUAGAAAUGGACAGGACAGAAAGGGACAGAAUAUCUAGAAAAGGGAGACCACCACAUACAUUUUUUCAAAUGGUGGACAGCUUAAACCUAAGGGAUGCAUGGAGAGACAAAAAUCCACUGGAGAAACAGUUCACACUCUUUUCAGAAGCCUAACAAUCGUCAGGGAGAAUUUAUGCAAUCUAGAUCUCAAAUAAUUUAAUAAUAGAAAUUUAAAAAAACAGAGAUUCACCCAAGGACAAUAACAGAUCAUAAUCCAGUGAUAUUAGAAUUAGAAAAUAAAGAAAAGGGUAAUAAAAGAUGGCGAUUAAAUGAGAAUUUAUUAAACGAUGAAAAUCUGGUGAUUAAAGCACAAGAAUUGUUGAAAUAAUUCUUUGAAAUCAAUAAAUCACAAGACACUGAUAUAAGAAUAAUUUGGGAUGCCAGUAAAGCAUUUCUUAGAGGCUUCUAUAUCCAGCAAAAUGCAGGGGAAAAGAGAGCUUAUGAGAGGAACUUAGAGCAGUUAAGAGAAGAAAUAGCGAGCAAUGACAAAAUACUAGCGAAGGAACCAAAAAAUAAAAAGGUAGCACCAAAAAUCAAGUUAUUACAAACACAAUUCUCGUAGUUGUUAAGCAUUGAAAUCCAAAAUAACAUAAGAUGGAUGAAACAGAGAUCCUUUGAAUUUGCAAAUAGGCCCAGCAAAAAACUGGCAUGGCAACUGAAGAAGAGACAGAGAGAUUAAUAGAUAAAAUCAAAGACGGCGAGAAAACGAGAAGAAAUAAGUGUUUUAUCAACCACUUCAAAAAUUUAUGUAAUAUAGGCAAGGAAACAGAAGAAGAUAUAAAAAAUUAUCUGCAGGGGAAAGACUUACCCAGAGUGGGAAUAGAAAAAAAUGCAUAUCUAAAU